GAGGGCCACAGCAGAAGAACACAUCUGAAUAGGGUGGUACUGGUAUGGACUGGGGGUGGCUCAUGGGGAAGAUGGCAAAGGACAAGAUGGGAGCAAUCUGGCAUGAGGAUUACUGUGAUUUUUUUUAACUUUUUUUUCUUAUUUCUUUUUUCUCCAUGUCUUUUCCUCAGCCACUACCUGAGCACUCAACGCAUGUUAAUCUUCAGCUUUCUUGUUUUCACAACCACUACACAUCCCUCUCAUUCAUUUGUAGCCACUGUCGAUGAACCAUGACAGUAUUAAACAGUUAACACCUACAAUAAAUAUUUUAAGGUAACUAAUUUCUGCUUUCUACAGCACUUAUUGUCUUCUUCAUCCUUCUCUCCUCUCAGGACCCAGAAACCAUGCUCAGACGGGAAGCGUUUUCGAUGUUUGCUCAUUCCUUGUGUCAGCAGCGUCUGGGUUCUUUCAGGAGCCCAGCAGAUUGCUGUGCUAGAAGUUUAGGAAAUGAUUGUAAGAUGUCUGUGUUGUUUUAUUUCCUGUGUGUCAUUUCCUGUGAUAUUUCUACAGAAUAGCCAUUUCUGUUACACAUUCAUAAAUCACCUACACCAUAAUGCUGCCAUAGAAAACGAAGUAACACAUUACACACACUUGCACACAAUUAGAAAGCAGUGCUGUCUACUCAUGCUAUUAAAUAUAUUUAAUAUAGUGAUAGAUUUCUCUAAAACCAGGAGCGAAUUCUUGUGGGAGUAACAAAAUAACAAAUUUAUGGAUUUUUGCAUCUAAUUUUCUGAUAAGUCUAAAUGCAUUUCUGUCUUCUGAAAUGCUUUUGGAACAAGUUGACUUUUUAGCUAAUGUGCAUAUCCUUUGGCUUUAAUAGAGUGUAAUUUCUUUACUUUUUUUUUUUUUUUUUUUUUACUGCCUAGAAUAUUUUUCACUUCUUCUUAAAAUAAUGUGAAUUUAGAUCAAAGUACUAGCAAAUAGUGCAGGACUGGCUGCGUACCCAGAAUCUCAGGAUCGGUAUUUAUCCAGACUAUAUAUAGCCCAUUGAUUAAAGUGGUUUCAGGUUUUGUGCGAGUCAAGAAGUUAUUUAUGUACAUUGGAAUAAAAGCCAUAGUGCUGAACGAAGUUUUGAUUAUUCACAGAAGUUGGAAGUGAAAAGAUAGUUAUUUCCAAGGCUUUUCUAGAACCAGUAGAGGAAGAUUUAUAGCAAAACCUAGAAUUUAUAGUAAAACCUAGAAGGCGGGUUUCCUAAAUUUCUUGGGGAAAAGCAGAGAAUUAAGUUGGCAUGUUUUUGUUGUUGUUCCUGCUGUUUGUUUUUAGAAUUAAUACAUUGUAGGGCCACAAGUCAUCACUGUGAUCAUUUUGUUUGAUUUCCUGAAUAACACAGAUCACAUGACUGAAGCUUCCCCCUCAAGGAAACGUUAGUUCACAUAUUUUUGUUUGAACACAAAAGAAACAAAAUAAAGCAAAAAUCCAAAGAACAGAAAAGACAAGAAAUGAAAACAGGCCACAUUUCAUGAUAGAUUGCUUAACGUGAUUACAGUAUUUCUGUAGCUCUCACUAAACUUAUUCUGCCUUUGCUGAUAUUUGCUACUAGAGACGGAGUCUCCUAAAUGUCCUGAUCCCCUUUCAAUGUCCUUGUAGGAAAUGGUGAAAUAAACCACAGGUGUUGCAGCUACUGCUUCUCUGUAUGCAUUUGGCCAGACAAUGCACAAGUGGAAUAGUCGAAUGCUGAAUUAAGUGUGCAGCCUGUGGGAAGAGUUGCAGCAGUAUGGCUUGGAGGUAUACGGUACCCAUCCUUGCCCUGGCUGCUGCUCUGUCUGGAGGGGCUCAGAGUGUCUGUCUCUUCUCCCUGGCUCUCCCUCUCUCCCCCAGCACUCUUAGGGAUAAUGAUACCCACAUCAGCACAGUGCUUCUGGAUUCGUAAAGUGAAAAGCCCUGUUCAUUAUAGUAAUGCCCUGUGUAGUUACCUAAAGAUUCUUUCCCAGGUAGUAACAGGUGACAUUCAGAAGUUAACGGCCUGAUUUUUGAGCUAGUUGUGAUGAUGUAAAAUUGUGAUAAGUCUUGGCAUCUCUAAACGCAGCAGGGAUUUUACUGUCAAUGAGAUCUGGGUCAGCUUUCAUCCGCUGUUGGUUUUUCCUUUCUUCUUCUGUCCUUGGCAACUUAGAAGAAGACUUACACUCCUGGGACUGAGUUCAUAGACCUCACUGCAUUACUGACAGUUGCCUCUUGUACUAAAGUUAUGUCUAUUAGCAGUCCUGUUCAGAGCCUUGCCUUCAGCUAGUCAAAAUUUUGUGAUAUUCUGCAGCACGGGUUUUAUUACUCAGAGGAUUUGGAAACCGUGAUUACAAAGUUACCACCUUUGUCCAGACUCCAGAGAAAAUAGUGGUAGCUUCUUCUUAGCUAAAGUGUUGCAAAAUAUUCUAUAUUUGUACGUCUUGCAGAAUACUGACUUAGCCCUGAAGAUCAGUUUUCAUUAGAAAAAGUAAGUGCAGGACUGUACUGUCAGCUAGUGGAUAUUUUUUUCCAAACACUUCUACAAAAUGCAUGUGGAAAGUUUAUACUAUGAUUUUCCCCUAAACAUAGUCUAACUCUGAAGGAGCUAUUUGAAAGUGAAUGCACUAUUAAAAAAAUUCAAAGCCAUUAGCUGCAAGCUUGGCAUUAUUUAUUUUGAAAUGAUUGCUUUUGCCUGUUUCCUUUAAAAAAUGGAUCCAACUUGCUGACACUUGCAACAAACGUUUUGUUGUUUCAUUUUGGCAUGGUCAGUUACUGAAGAAUUUUAGCACCAUUGUAAGGUAUAAUACAUCAUUUCCCUUCCACAUUGCUCUUUUUAAAUUUAUUUAUUUUUGCUAAUUGGUCUGUAUGUAUAACAUUCCUAUGUUAACUUGGUCUUAGUUGUCCUUACACUAAGAAAGCUUUCCCUGACCUCUGUACAGAUUUGCUCACUGAAAAUCAAGCUGAUUGAUUUCUCAUCUGUUCUUGGUGAGGCUGGCCAAAUUUCUGAGCUGAUCCCAAAUCUCUUCAGAGUAGCCUCUUGUAUGUGGAAAAAAUAUACCAGUUUCCAGUUUUCAUUCUAUUUUCUAGACUGUGUAUACUCAACCAAAAUCUGUUUUUGUUUUAGAGAACUACCUUGUUUGGUUAUUGAAAAGUAUCCAACAAUAUUGAUGAAAGAAUUAUUUUGAUCAAUUGAUAAAUCCCAUAAUUCAAAAGUUUAGGUUUAAAAAGUUGCCAACUCCUAUUAUUUUCUGCCUGUAUCUUUUUAGCUGUAGCAUCAUUCCUAUUUCCUUUGUGCACGAUUCCAAAAAAGAAAAGAAAAAAACCCAAACAAACAUAAAAACCACAAAAAGUUACAAUUUGCAUGAGAAGAACAGCUGUACAUUCAUUUUCAUUUGUUUAAGGACAUUGUUUUCAAAACAGCUCUCAAACCUUAUAACUCUUUUUCUACAUGCUAACACUGUGACUUAUUUAUAAGGUAUACUUUCUAGAUAAAUGGGAAAAAAAAUCACUUAAUUUUGUUAUUAAUUACACCAAUGUAGCAGAGAAAGGAUGGAGUUGUUAUUUUGCUGAUAAAGAUCAAGAACAUGUUCAGAGGACUAUUUUGCUUAAAUUCAGUAACAUAACAUGUAGGUAUGGAAUUGGGACACUGUUAGAUGGAAAAAGGAAGAUCGUGGCUGGAUGUCAUUUACAAAUUCUUACAAUACCCACUUGUUUAAUUGGAUAUGAGUGCUUGCAAAGCUGCACCAAACCCCUACACAUCGAAAUUUCUUCCUUUGAGGGAUUUCCCUCCCAUUUGAAAUGGAGAUGGACCUGCUAGUGUGGCCCUGUCGAGCUCCUACUUGCAAGAGCAUUUGGAUGGUUUCAUUCAAACACAGGAGCAUUUUGAGAAGUGCCACUUGGUGUGGGAUGCCGCAGCGAGUAGUGGCGGCUGAGGUCAGGAGGCAGCUCUGCUGAAUGGGUAGGUGGGAGAGGGGGUCCCACUGGCGAUCCCCACAGGGGCUGAUGGGCAGCUCUGCUUCCUCUGUACUGCAGCUUCAUGGGCAUGUGUGUUGCCUCUGAGGCUGCCUGCUCCUUCAAGGGAGCUCGAACAAGACUGCUCCUGUCCUCUAUUUCCAGAGGGGGGGGGGGAGGGAAGAGCAAACCAGCUUGAGUGUCACUGUGUGUUUUGCUUGGAAGGGAGAGGGAGGCAGUUAGCUACAAAUAACCUAAUGUUGUAGGGAAAACUAGUCUUGAUCUAAUGUCUGCUCUCAGAGUGUCAGUGCUCUUUGUAAUAGAUUGUUCAUAUAGACUGCUUCAUUUUUCUUUCUUUAAGAAACUGUUACAGCGAAGAAAAAAACAGUUAUUGGAUCCAAAGCUAUUUUUCAUGCCUUGGCACAAAAGGAAUAAAGGAAUGUAACAGAAGCUGCUCCUGCUAGUCUGGGUGGGCAGAAGAACUUGAGGUCCAAGGAUGCGAGUGGGAGAGAGCCUACACAGAACCCAGGAUGAAAGCAUGGCCCAUCUGGCUGUCUCUAGGCAUCAGCUGGGAUGUCCUCUCCUGCUAGGCAAGAAAGCUUGCAUUCAUCUCCAUCCUGCUUUUUUGGCAAGUGUAGUGGCUGGCCACAAAGACAAUGCAAAAGAUGCUAACUGAUAACCACACCUACGUUUGAGAGAGAGAUUCUACAGUGGAAAAUGGGAAAUUCAGAAAGCCAAUACAGUCUUCAGGGAUCAAAAAAUCAUGCUGCUGCUUCAACUGGUUCCAAGCAGAAGCCUUGCUCUCUAAAAAUUCGCAGCAUUCAUGCUAAAGAUGAAAAGUCUUGCUCCCUGCAUGGAUGGGGACAUACCAAUAGUGGCUCAAACUACAAGUCAAGGUCUCUUGCUAGAAGCUGCCUUUCACACUUCAAGAGUAGCCAACCUUAUUCAGCUAGACUCAGUGACACUGUGGUGAAGGCCUCUAAAAGUAACGUCCUUGCCAAACACAGGACACACACCUCAGGGGACUACUGUCCAGGAAAUAAUGCAGUGUUUUUGCCUGAUAAUGGUUUCCACUAUAUUGGCCUUCAAGCUGGAAGUAAUCAUGCUGCACCCCGAGAUUGCAAUGGGCACAUUUUAAAAUGCUAUGGAAAGAAUGAGAGUCUUGCAUCAACCUCUCCAUCAGAGGACAGGAGGAGUCCAAAAGUACUCAUUAAAACACUGGGGAAGCUGGAUGGUUGCUUGAGAGUCGAAUUCCACAACAGUAGCAACAGCAAAGUACCAACUGAGGAGUCCAGUGGGCCAGUCCAGCUGCUGAGGUAUUCACCUACCUUGGAAUCUAAGUCAAAUAACCUGCUAGAUGUCAGGAGGAACUCCAGCGCAGACUGUUCUUCAAACCAUCGUCUGUCACCUACUGAUUCAAGGCUUCGAUCUAGUAAGGGAAGCUCCCUAAGCUCCGAGUCUUCAUGGUAUGACUCUCUCUGGGGAAAUGCUGGGGAUAUCAGUGAGUUGGAUGGUCCAUAUUUGACUAGGAGCACUCCAGAUACAAGCAUUCAUGCCAGUUUCCCAGCAAGUGACAAGAAAUCCUUCAAUCAAAGUUCAUCUCUGUCCUCACUUCGAGAUCUCUAUAAGGAUACAAAUUUGGAAGGCACUCCUCCACCUGGGAUCAGGCUGUCUGAUGAGUAUAUUGACACUCAUGGUAGCCUAAGCAACCGUGUAUCAUUUGCUUCAGACAUUGAUGUUCCCUCCAGGGUAGAGCAGGGAAGUCCUGCUCAUUAUUCCUCUUACACUCUCCCAUGUAGAAAGUCCAAGCCACUCGCUGAGGAUGCAUCCAAGAAGGACACAUUAAAAAGCCGCAUGAGGCGCAUCAGCGAUUGGACAGGAAGUCUCUCGAGGAAGAAAAGGAAGUUGCAGGAACCCAAAUGUAAAGAUGGGAGCGAAUACUUUGACAGCAGAAUGGACAACUUCAGCACAGACACGCUGGCACCAUCACAGCAGUCUACUUUGUUGUGGUCACCCAGCUCCAGUCACAUCCUGUCCCAGAGAAGUGAGUCCACCAAUGCAGUCAGCAGUGAUGCCCUGAGGCAGAACAUUUAUGAAAACUUCAUGCGGGAGCUGGAGAUGAGCAGGACAAACCUGGAGAACACUGAGACCUCAUCAGAAACGGAGGACUCCAGCAGUGAGUCUCUCAGCUCCUUGGAGCAACUGGAUUUGUUGUACGAGAAGGAGCAAGGAGUGGUGCGCAAAGCAGGGUGGCUGUUCUUCAAACCACUGGUGACCCUGCAGAAAGAGAAGAAGCUGGAGCUGGUCACACGGCGAAAGUGGAAGCAGUACUGGGUAACACUAAAAGGUUGUACUCUGCUCUUCUAUGAGACCUAUGGAAGGAAUUCAAUGGAGCAGAGUAGUUUGCCUCGAUACGCCCUGUUUGCUGAAGACAGUAUAGUCCAGUCUGUUCCAGAACAUCCCAAGAAAGAAAACGUGUUCUGUCUCAGCAAUUCUUUUGGAGAUGUCUACCUAUUUCAGGCAACAAGUCAGACAGAUCUGGAAAACUGGGUUACUGCCAUACAUUCAGCCUGUGCUUCCCUCUUUGCAAAAAAGCUUGGGAAGGAGGACACAGUUCGGCUACUGAAAAAUCAGACCAAGAGUCUCUUCCAGAAGAUUGAUAUGGACAGCAAGAUGAAAAAGAUGGCAGAGUUGCAGCUCUCAAUUGUUAGCGAUCCAAAAAACAGGAAGGCGAUAGAGAAUCAGAUCCAGCAAUGGGAACAGAACCUGGAAAAAUUUAACAUGGACCUUUUCCGAAUGCGAUGUUACCUAGCCAGUUUGCAAGGUGGGGAGCUUCCGAACCCAAAGAGCCUUUUGGCUGCUGCCAGUCGUCCUUCAAAAUUGGCACUGGGAAGGCUCGGCAUUUUCUCAGUGUCAUCCUUCCAUGCACUGAUCUGCUCCAGGGAUGAAGCUGCUCUCAGGAAGCGUACCCUGUCUCUGUCUCAAAGAGUCCGAAAUAAGAAGGGUUUGUUUUCUUCACUAAAAGGACUGGACACACUGGCAAGAAAAGGAAAAGAGAAGCGACCUUCCAUAACGCAGAUUUUUGACUCCACUGGAGGACAUGGAUUUGCCGGUGUCCAGAAUUCAGCCAACUCUGCUGAGCAGCAAGUUGAUGAAUUUUUGAAUGUCUACUGCUCAGUACCGGACAGCAUCCAGAAGGAGAAUGCUUGGGAAACACAAACGUAUGUUCACUUCUGUGACGGUCAAGGAGUAGCUUUAACUCUGAAACCAGACCACAGGGUGGAAGAUGUUCUGUCUCUGGCAUGCAAGAUGAAACAACUGGAGCCAAGGAACUACGGUCUACAACUCAGAAGAUUGGUUGAUGAAAAUACUGAAUACUGUGCUCCUGAACCAUACGAAUAUAUAGUAGACCAGGUGUAUGAUGAAAUAGAAAUCUGCCCAUUAAAUGUUUAUCACAUUCAUCUUACAAAGACUGAAAAUAUAACAGAUUUUGGUUUUGCUGUCACAGCUCAAGUUGAUGAAAAUCAGCAUCUCACACACAUAUUUGUAAGUGAUGUUCUUCCUGAUGGGCUUGCAUACAGGGAAGGGCUACGAGUAGGCAAUGAGAUCCUGAGCAUAAAUGGAGAGUCUGUGUCUGAUCUUGACCUCAGGCAGAUGGAGCUAUUGUUUUCAGAGAGAAGCGUAAUGCUCACUUUGAGAAUGAGCCACUGUGGGAAUCAGCAACCCUUGUGUGCAUCCUGGUCAUCAGAUGGUGACAUUUCCAGGGUUCCAAAAAGUUUGUUGCCGCCUCCAAACCAGUCACAGCUCCUGGAAGAGUUUUUAGAUAACUUCAGAAAAAACACAGAAAAUGAUUUUAAUAACGUGCCUGAUGUCACAUCCAGCUUGAAAAGGAGCAGUACUGAUGGCACUCUGGACCAAGUACCACACAGGGAGAAGACUGAUCCACCUUUCAGGAGUGCAGAGCAGAUCAGUGCGUUGUGCCGCAACUUCCAAGAGGUCCAGACGAGCAGCAUGGAAGGGCAGAAGGACAACCAGGAUCCGCCUCCACGACCACUGGCUCGCCACCUUUCUGAUGCAGACAGAUUGAGGAAAGUCAUCCAAGAACUUAUGGAUACUGAGAAAUCUUAUGUCAAGGACUUGAGUUGCCUCUUUGAGCUAUACUUGGAGCCUCUUCAAAAUGAAACCUUCCUUACACAAGAUGAGAUGGAGUCCUUGUUCGGCAGUCUGCCAGAAAUGCUGGAUUUUCAGAAGGUGUUUUUGGAGACCCUUGAAGAUGGAAUAUCUUCUUCCUCGGACUUUAACACACUGGAGACACCGUCUCAGUUCCGGAAAUUGCUGUUUUCCCUGGGAGGAUCGUUUCUGUAUUAUGCUGACCACUUCAAACUGUACAGUGGCUUUUGUGCCAACCACAUCAAAGUUCAGAAAGUUCUUGAGAGAGCCAAAACAGACAGUGCAUUUAAGGCCUUCUUGGAUGCUCGCAAUCCUACAAAGCAACACUCCUCUACGCUGGAGUCGUAUCUCAUAAAGCCUGUUCAGAGAGUGCUGAAAUAUCCUCUGCUUUUGAAAGAGCUGGUGUCCCUGACAGACAACGAGAGUGAGGAGCACUACCAUUUGACAGAAGCGCUGAAGGCAAUGGAAAAAGUAGCAAGUCACAUCAAUGAGAUGCAGAAGAUAUAUGAAGAUUAUGGCACUGUAUUUGAUCAACUGGUUGCAGAUCAAAGUGGAACAGAGAAGGAGGUGACUGAACUUUCCAUGGGAGAACUUCUGAUGCACUCUACAGUUUCCUGGCUAAAUCCCUUCCCAUCACUGGGCAAAGCAAGAAAAGACCUUGAACUUACAGUGUUUGUUUUUAAGAGGGCUGUAAUACUGGUGUAUAAAGAGAACUACAAACUGAAAAAGAAAAUGCCUACUAAUGUUCGUGCUGCCCAUAAUUAUGGUGACUUGGAUCCAUUUAAGUUUCGCUGGCUGAUUCCUCUAUCUGCUCUUCAAGUUCGGCUUGGGAACACAGCAGGAACAGAGAACAGCUGUAUCUGGGAACUGAUUCACACAAAGUCAGAACUGGAAGGCAGGCCAGAAACCAUUUUUCAGUUAUGCAGCAGCGACUGCGAGAACAAGACUAACAUCGUGAAGGUGAUCCGUUCUAUCUUGCGGGAGAAUUUCAGACGUCACAUAAAAUGUGAGCUGCCUCUGGACAAAACCUGUAAAGAUCGCCUCAUUCCACUGAAGAACCGUGUGCCUGCGACAGCUAAACUGGCUUCCACCAGGUCCUUGAAGGUACUGAAGAAUUCACCCAGCAGUGAGUGGAACGGUGACCAGGGGAAAGGCACCUUCCAGGACUCUGAUGACUGCAGCCUGAGCAGCAGCACCCAGAGCAGCAGCUGCAACACCACAGAGAGCAUACAGGAGCCCAAAACUUCAUCCCCCGAUCAACACGUACAGAGCUGUUCCUCCGACUUUUCCAAUGCUCUUGUUAAAGAAUCCGAUAUUCUUAGUGAUGAUGAUGAUGACGACUAUCAGAGCCUAAAGAAGGGCAGCCCUACUAAAGACAUUGAAAUUCAGUUCCAGCGGCUGAAGAUUUCAGAGGAACCCAGUACUGACUCUGAACGAGAUCAAGCUGCAGAAAAGGAGGAAGGAGAUGGUUUCAAGAUGGGAGAACAUCCAAAGCUGAUACGUGGCCAUUUCUGCCCAGUGAAGCGAAAAGUAAACAGUACGAAGCGUAACAGGGGAACUUUAACGGCAAUGCAGGAACGUCACCAGUCUCUUGACAGCCACUCUGAUGCUGCAAACUUGGACCUGAACUCUAUUUUGGAGAGGGAAUUUAGCGUCCAGAGUUUAACAUCUGUAGUUAACGAGGACUGUUUUUAUGAAGCUGUGGAGAGACAUGGAAAGUCCUAGCUUUCUGAGCAGCACUCUAUUCAAAAUGUUCAUUUGAAGUCCACAUAAAAUUCAACAAACUUAUUUUGCUUUAAAAAUCAGUAAAUUCAUGAAAGCCACAGCAAAACUACUAUCUGAUUUUCUGCACUAGUACAUUUUUUCCACAAAUACAGCUGUAAAGGAUUUUUAAGUUAUUUUAAUUUAUUGUGGAUCAAAAAUAGAUUAAGUUUGCCAAGGUCUGUAAAUUAGUUCAUCCCUUUCAAACAGUUACUGGGAUUAUGUAGUAUUCCUGGGGAGGGGAAGGAUGGCCUUGUUAGUACUUUUAAGUUAUGUGGAAAAGGUGAUAGUGAGUGGCAGAAGUAAAGUGCAGUGGAAAGUAGUAUAACAAAAUGAAUUUUUCAAUACUGUGGGCAUUUAUUUUCUUUGGUUUUCAUUUUUGCUUUAUUUAAAGCAGAAUUAAGUUAUUUGAAUGUGUUUUAGUGCACAACAGUGCAGAAGUUUUGUUUUUGUAUGUUUCAAGAUGCUGUUUAUACUUUAUAUAUAUGUGUAAAUACAAAAAUCAAAGCUUUGCCUGUAAUCUUUUAUUUGACUGUAUUUUUUAUUUUUCUCUACCAGCUUGUACAGUAAAAGACAAAUAAGUAUUGUACUUAGCCACGUUUUCUACUUUUUAUCAUGCUGCUGUUCUCUUAAACUCCCAAGUUCUUCGCUUUUGUACAUAUGAGAAAGAGUAUUAGCAGACCUUGAGGCAAUCUGUGCACUUUAUCCUCCCAUAAGCCAGUCACUUGAGUAUAUUUAUACGAGGCUUUUGUUUUUUAAAUUACUCUGCACAGAGGAUUUUCCCAGAUGAAAAGAGCAUAAAACCCCAGACAACAACUUACAUGCUGCAAGUAUGAAAAGCGUUUUUUAUGUUGCAAUAAUGCACUCACAUUCAUAUAAAAUGUAUUAUUUCAACUUAAUUCCAUAUCUCACAACAUACCUUGUUCUGGGUGUGUGUUCUGUCCCCUGAAGUGAGAAGAACCAGUAGGCACGUUGUAAGUGGACUGUCCUAAACUUUUGUCUAUAGCUGAACAGAACAAAUAAAAUAGGAAAGCCCCCUCCACCACUUUUCAAAAGUUAUUUCUUCCAUACCUGAACAGAUGUAAGAGUACAUAAAUCAACACCUCUAGAUCAACGAGUUCAAUCCCCGUUCAGUCUGCUGCAAUUACAGAUGAUCUUCCUCUUUGGUUUGUUCUAGCUGGUCAAUACUUUCAGGGGAAUGCUUCCUCUUUGUCUGCCCUAGCUCUUCUCUAUAAUUGUAUGCAAAAAGGCUCGGGUCCUCAUCACACAUUUUCCUGUACGUAUUGCACAGAUUUCUAAAGUGCGCCAUAGUGAGCUGAAAAGGACGCAGAGUCGGAUCAACAUCUGCUGCCAUCAUCAACUGUUCUGUUUUUUUCAAACGUUCUCUUUCAGGAAACAAGAUCCUAAAGGCAGGGCAAAGAGAAGACAGACAAGAGCAGACAAUUCAGUUUCCAUGAGGAGACACAGGGCCCUCUCGGGCUUUUACAUAAUCUUAAGACAGUUCAUUGUCUAAGCAAAUAGAAACACAGAAGGGCCACUUUUCUGCAAAUGCAACUUUUAACAACAUGGAAGAUUAUAUUUGUGCAUUGUACAUCAAACGCAUGUAUGCUCAUGAUUAAUAACAUUAAAAAAAGAGCUUUGGGUA